AUGGGCACCGACAUCCAGAAGAUCCACGUGGCCAACCCGGUCGUGGAGCUCGACGGCGACGAGAUGACGCGCAUCAUCUGGAAGGACAUCCGCGAGAAGCUCAUCCUGCCCUUCCUGGAGCUGCAGAUCGAGUACUACGACCUGGGGCUCGAGCACCGCGACGCCACCAACGACGAGGUGACGCUCGAGGCCGCGCGCGCCAUCAAGCGCCACCACGUGGGCAUCAAGUGCGCCACCAUCACGCCCGACGAGGCGCGCGUCGAGGAGUUCGGGCUCAAGAAGAUGUGGCUCAGCCCCAACGGCACGCUGCGCAACGAGCUGGGCGGCACAGUCUUCCGCGAGCCCAUCGUGUGCAAGAACAUCCCCAAGCUCGUGCCCGGCUGGAAGGAGCCCAUCAUCAUUGGCCGCCACGCUUUCGGCGACCAGUACAAGGCCAUCGACUUCGUGGCCAACGAGCCCGGCACCUUCAAGCUCACGUUCACGCCCGCGCGCGCUGGUGCCGAGCCCGAGGAGUACCACGUGUACGACUUCCAGGGCUCGGACGGCGGCGUGGGCAUGGGCAUGUACAACACGACCGAGUCCAUCACGGGCUUCGCCAAGUCGUGCUUCGAGUACGCGCUGGAGCGCAAGAUGCCGCUGUACAUGAGCACCAAGAACACGAUCCUCAAGCGCUACGACGGCCGCUUCAAGGACAUCUUCCAGAACAUGUACGAGAAAUCGUACGAAGCGCAAUUCAAGGAGCUCGGAAUCUGGUAUUGCCACCGUUUAAUCGACGAUAUGGUUGCUCAGUGCCUCAAGUCCAAGGGCGGCUUCGUCUGGGCGUGCAAGAACUACGACGGCGACGUGCAGUCGGACAUCCUGGCGCAGGGCUUCGGAUCGCUGGGGCUCAUGACCAGCGUUUUGCUCACGCCCGACGGCAAGACGCUGGAGGCCGAGGCCGCGCACGGCACCGUCACGCGCCACUACCGCGUGCACCAGAAGGGCGGCGAGACGAGCACCAACUCGAUCGCGAGCAUCUUCGCGUGGACGCGGGGGCUGCUGCACCGUGCCAAGCUAGACGGCAACAGCCAGCUCAAGCUCUUCUGCGAGGAGCUCGAGGCCUGCAUCGUGGAGAGUGUCGAGGCCGGCCAGAUGACCAAGGACCUGGCGCUGCUCGUCCACGGAGACGCCAUGAAGCGCGAGCACUACCUCGACACGUUCCAGUUCAUCGACCAGAUCGCCGCCAACCUGCGCGCGCGCCUGGCCGCUAACCCCAGCUUCCAAGUGUAA